ACGUGUAUGACAAUACAUCAGCUGAUGAAGGCUAGCCGGGCCUCGCCACGAUGGGUUACCAAUUUGUCGACUUUUUCACGGUAGAAAAAUCUUUUUCUUAGUUUUUUUGACAAAUUUAUGAGAUGGACAUAAUGGCAACACCUUCCUUCAGUUUGCCCGGCCGUCGCAUCGACGGGAGAAGAUUUCUCGAAGUCGCUUAUGAUCUGAUGAUCUUCAGGAAGUUUGAAGACGUACUGAGCAUGUGUCAUUUGGGAUCGUCAAAUGGACGCAGUACAAUGGAGAUUGUCUUCCCACAAACUCUGCAGGGAAUUAACGGAAGUUUACUUGAAUGUGACAGCGAUCCUAAAGAGGGCGAAACUGCAAGUGGAGAAAGUGCUGAAAUAAUCUGGCGAAGGAAGUUCAAUGAAUCCAUCUGCAUUCUAGCUAUUCAGGCUUAUGCGGAAACCGACCAAUGGGAUAGGGUUCAUCCAUUCCUGGCAAAUUAUUACGAAUCGCAGGCAAGGUAUCCACCAACAAUCGCUAAGUUAUGCAUUCUACUGCUUGCCAAAGUUCGCAACUUCACCAUGGCAGAAAACCUGGCAGGUGAAUGGCUGGCCAAUGCAACCAACCAAACGCACUCACAGUACUCCACCAUCAUGGACAUUCUGAUAGCUCAGAUCCUACUGCCACAAGCUAAAUUAGACCAGGCAAGAGCUGUGGUCGAACUCAGCUCCGGGUUGAGUCCAGAAAAGAAGAUGAGUUUCUUGAAGUACUUGGAGAAGGUCGAGGAGGACCUACAGAUGAAGAGGAAGAUUACAGACACAGUUGAAGGAUCAGUCAACGAAUAUUCCUCAUCGGCUUUCAUGCGAGUCGUCCAGCGAAUCAGCCAGUUAAUCACCAGACUUCUGCCAGCGACUGGACUCAGAUACAUCCGGAAUAUUGCUUGUCUGGGUUUCUUCAUCUAUCUCAUUGUUCUCAGGACGAAUCUGGCUUCAUCCACAAGCCUGUCUCACGCAGCAGUCCUGUGGAGUGGCAUCGUACGCAUUUGGCGCUCACUGUUUGCUCCCUUCCACCUCAUGCCCAAAGCCUGAUGGGUACCCAGAAUGCAGCGGGGAUCCUACAGUGCCGCAGGUGACCUUCGACACGCCCCACUUGCAAAAUGUGAUUGAGUGUCAGCCGUGUCCCAAUGACUUGGCUGCAGCUAUUGAUAAUGCAUGUACCUAGGCAAGCCACUAGCCAGUGGCUACAGCCACUUUUCAAAGACUUGUGUGUGACAACUAGCCCAAGCCAAGUUAUUUUGGACACAGCCUUUCAGGAGUGUAAUUGUCAAGUGUCCAGUUGCAAAAUUUAAAAAAAUGCAAAAUGGCCAGAUGUUUCUGAAAGAAUCUUGUUCUUACUGAUUUCUUUGUGGACCCCAAUCUUCAGAAAUGAUAGUCCUGCUCAAUUUCUCCACAUCAAUGUACAUAUUUACCAAGCUUGCGGUCGUUUAGAUCAAAUAUGAAAAUAAGAGCACUGGCGAUAUAACAUCCUGCUUGCAAUGAGAACCUUAGGUCUGAAGUCUUUGUAUUAUUUGCUUUCCUUUCCACAUAUCCUGAGGGCCCUAUUAUAACAAGAUCAUCUCUUAGAGUCACAAGGACCAGAUGUUCAAAUAAUUUGGGUUUGGUGUGAUCAAGAGCAGAUCCAGGGGUCCCAGCAGGUCCAUGCCCCCCCCCCCCCGAGCUUUCUUUUUCAUUAGAAAUGGAGUAGAAGGUAGAUUUUGGUCUGUUUCAUUUCCCUUCAAAAAUAGUCUCAUUCCUAAGAAAGGCCGUGAAAGAUUGCAUGAAAAAAUCCUGAAUUUUUAACCCCCCCCCCACAAACAAGUUAAGCCCCCCAAAAACUUUGGUUCUUGAUCAGUCCUUGGGUGCAACAAGCCCAUAACUGACUAUAAUUCUUACAGUACAGCUUUUUGAGCCGCAAUGAACUCAAGAACUGAUUGUUACAAUGACCGAAACAAAAAGUGUUGAAAAAUGAACACGACCUAAAGGAAACAUUCCCGUUUUGAUGUGGGCCUACUUGUGAGUUUUCAUAGUGCAAUAAUGUAUGCAAACCUGAUCUUAGCACGGACAUUUGAAUUUUGGAAAGUUUUUAAUAUAUCGAUAGGCUAGGUUGGUUGGUUCAUCAACAAAAUAUUUGGGUGCUAACAAUGCCGUGAAAUCAUUUGAGUGACAAAUGACAAGCCUUGUAUUUUACACUUCACGAACCGAACAUUUUGAGCAGGUAAACAGAUAUUGGCCAAAGUUUUCUGUUUAAGGUUAGCAUUUGCCGGUAAACAGCUUUUUAAAAACAGAAACACAAUUAAACAUUUACAACAGGUACGAGCUAUAUUGGACAAGUUUUCUUUUAAGGAAGAAAUGUUUAUAUUUAAAGAUCCAUACGUACAAGGUAUAGAAAAAAUCUGACGUCAUUUCAAAAUGCACGUUUGGGUGAAAAAGCUAGUUAUUUUAAGAAUGCUAAAUGUCUUCCAUACAUUUUGGGUAUUUUGUUCGUCCAAGUCUCUUUUUUCUACAAUGGAAGUGAUGGUAACUUAUUUAUCUGGAUUUGAUGACCACUUUACAAAAUUAAUUCUAACCUCUGUCACUGUGCUCUGUAUAUAUACUGAAGAUUGGUUUAUGGUUAAAGUUGUUUUCUGUGUUGACUGCAUGAAGAAG